AUCACGACGAAUCGACCGGGCGCCGCUGUCUGCCAACCGCCAACGUUAUUAGAGGAAUGACAACCCAAAGCUGAAGAUCUCUCCCCCACCAGCCCCCCACCAGCCCCCGGCUAAGAAAAACCAAGUAAGACGAAUCGAUACCGCGGAAGAAGAAAGAAUCAGAGCGGAGCAGCGCGAGCUGGUCUCGGACACUGACCGCGCCACGCGCUCCACCUCGAACCCGUCUUCCCUUCACCUGAGAGGAGAGGAGAGACGGAGAGGGAGAUGGAGACCCGCUCGGACUCUCCGGUUGGUGUCAAUCUUUGUCUGCAACGUGCCUUCAGUUCGGCCGUCUGAUCCUCUCCGGAGGGUCAUUAACACGCGCUGUAAGUCUCCGGUGGUCGUCAUUCCGAAGUGUAAGAAGGGCUUUAGUGUAGACCGUCUCUGAGCGGGCAGCCCGGGUUUUCUCCUCAGCGAGGCUGUAGAUAAAAAUGGAAUAGGGUCUAAAAAUAGCAAAUUUACCCCCCAUUCACCGGCGCUCUGUCCUUAAUGGACGAGCCUUUCGGAUCACCACAGUAAACCGUUACUUCACUUAUUUCACCUGAUCAGUGACGAUUAGACAAGACUUCGCAUAAGUGAUUCAUCCUCCUCCUCGUCCCGAUGCCGCCGCCGCAGCCAUGAGUAACCCCAACGCCUCCUCCUCCUCCACCCCCGUCCCGGACGCACCCGAGGGCAGGAACGCCUCCUCGCCGCCACCCUCCGUCGCUGGCGCCGCGGACGUGCCCGUGUCCGUGAACCCGUGGGACGUGGCGCUGUGCGUGGCGGGCACGCUGGUGUCGUGCGAGAACGCGCUGGUGAUCGCGCUGGUGGCGCACGCGCCGGCGCCGCGCGCCCCCGCCUUCGUGCUGAUUGCGAGCCUGGCGCUCGCCGACCUGCUCGCGGGCCUGGGGCUCGUGCUGAACUUCGCCGUGGUGUACGCGGUGGCCGAGCCGGGCGUGGCCUCGCUGCUGUCGGCGGGUCUGCUCAUCGCCGCCUUCUCGGCGUCCGUGCUCAACGUUCUCGCCAUCACCGUGGACCGCUACCUGUCGCUGUACGGCGCGCUGACGUACCACACGGAGCGCGCCGCCACCUUCACGUACGCCGUGCUGGCGCUGGCGUGGCUCACGAGCGCGCUGCUCGGCGCGCUACCCGCGCUCGGCUGGAACUGCCUGGAGGACGAGGCCACGUGCAGCGUGUGCCGCCCGGUGAACAAGAGCAACGCGGCGGCGCUCGCCGUCUCCUUCCUGCUCGUCUUCGCGCUCAUCCUACAGCUCUACCUGCAGAUCUGCAAGAUCGCCUUCCGCCACGCGCAGCAAAUCGCCGUGCAGCGCCACUUCAUGAGCGCCUCGCACGCCUCGUCCACCACCAAGGGCGUGAGCACGCUCUCGGCCAUCCUGGGCACGUUCGCCCUCUGCUGGGUGCCCUUCGCCAUGUACUCACUGGUGGCCGACACGCGCUACCCGGCCGUCUACACGUACGCCACCGCCCUGCCCGCUAUCUGCAGCUCCAUCAUCAACCCCAUCAUCUACGCCUUCCGCAACCCGGAGAUUCAGAGGUCGCUGAGGCUCGCCUGCUGCGGCUGCCUGCCUUACAGCUUCACCUCAAGGCCCAGAACGCCCAGCGACGUGUAGAGAGGCGCACAGUCAGCAGCUGUAAACAAAACAACCACCACGUGCAGAGGGAUCCGCAUAUUGUAACCUAUACACGAGUGUUGGGGGUCACGUGUUUUGUCCAGGUGUGGUGAUCUCCUAUCGCGUUAACGCUGUGCCAGUACGUGUUGAUGUCUUUUGUAGCGUCUUUUGACUGUAUUUCGCUUCGACUGAGUUAUUAAGGCCUGCCCCCCCCCCUCCCCCAACCCCCAAAACGAAGAUGACCAUAUAUAUGCUUGAAGUAGUUUGGGGGGGAGGGGGGGCACAUAAAUGUAGCGUGGACCCUUCCUUUAGGUCAGUUGCCUUGUAGCACUGUGAGAUGCCAAAAAAGGCUUCCCAGGCUGUCACCCAAGCUGAUGGAUGAGAGAGGUUAUGAAUGUUAAACGCGGAUGUUUUCUUCCCAACUCAGGUUGAGACUCGACCAGAUGUUUUAGCACCGCAGACAUCGACACAGCGUCAUUCAGUGUAUGAAUGAUGGAGUACAAUAAGGAUAAAAGAGGAGAUUACGUGUUAAUGUACAAAAGUACCUUGUUUCUCACAGCUGUGUCUCCAAAGUUUUCCACUACAGUGCACUCAAUUCAUGUAGCAUGCUGAGGCAUGGUGCUGCCUGUGGCCACUGGUGGGGAAACGGCUGCAAUACACGUGUUCCUGGCAAACCUUCUCCAGCAAAUGAUCAAUAUGGCAUAACUCACCACGUAGACAGUGUUAUUCCCAUCAUGACUGCUUAUGAUGCUUAGUUGGACACAUUAAAAGUAGAGUAGGUUGCUUCCCUCAUCUCCUGACUAUACUCUUCAGCACUUUUGUCUUUGUGUUCACCAACUUAUAUCGGACAGUGACCAUUUCCUGUUACGUAGCAACCAUUAGUAUCAUCUUUUCAGCUCAAGAAACUACUGAAUGAAAUAGAUUAUGCGACGUCAGCCAGACAGAGAUAAAUGGGAGUGGCAUUCUCUACGCCCCUGUCCCAGAGUCCACACUUUCUGGUUUCGUGUACUUGUUCAUGUGCACCAAAGCAGGAUUAAAUAAGUGUUUGUCCCACAAAAUUGGUGACAUGUCAGCUGCAUCCAAAACCACGUAACUAGUGAUAGACUGUGACUAUCAGAGCUAGACCUUCAAUUUGGGUCAUAAAUGUCAACGGUAGAUUAAAACAAUAGAAAAAAAACCCACUUCUAUAAUAAUAAUGCUGAUUUCUGUCUAAAGCUCCCAUUCCAUAUCUUUUAUUUGAAGCUUUAAGCUUUGAAGUAAUAGACAUUCAAUAUUCUCGCAGUCCAAAAAAAGCAAAAAUCUUUUGCGAUUUUCAGGCUUCUGUAUGUCUUGAGCUCAGCAAUUGUCCAUUAAAUUAUAUGAAAAUUUAAUGAUGAUGGGUCCAAUAGAAAUGCUCCAAAACCAGCUUUCAAUAAAGUCUCUUUACACUAACUUAUAUUGAAAUUAAAGAUUGUUUUUGCCAUUUUGAUUUCUUUGGACUGCGACAAUAUUUUAUCUUACAGUAGUUUUACAGUGACUCUUUCAGCGAAGAGCCCUGGCACAAAGCUACCACUGUUGUCUAUUUAUGGACUGAAGGCUGGUCAGUGACACUUCUUAGACUUUUAAAAGUCCCAGUAUGACAAGUUUUAUCACAAAAUCGGUCCCGUUAUGAGUCAAAUGUGAUUGCUUGAUUCCUCUGUCACUUCCUAGGUAUGCUAGUAGUUAAUGUUUAAAGCCCUCAUUUCAGCUCCUGAAGGCCAACCAAUGGGGAGCUUGUUAAAUACCAUGGAGAAAAAAAGUCUUAUUGGAUAAUAUGUCUUGUUACGAUUUUAACUCUUAUCUAGGCUAAGGGUUAGGGUUAGUUUAAAUACUUGAGGAAGGAUGAUUCUAUUAAAUAAGAAUGUAUUUUUAGCUCUCAGAAAUCUGUAGACUGUAUACUAAACUAAUGAGUGCACCGCUUACUAUUUAGUAUGAUAAUGUGCAGCUUUAUUAGCAUUGUAAGGCUCGCUAUCCCACAAAGAUACAAUACAAAUCCGCUCUUCACAAGGGCUUGCACACUUUUGCUAAGUUCAGGAGUAUGCCGUGUUCGUGUACACUUCAGCAAAACUACAAACCGCAAGUGUUGACUUUGGGAGAGGACCAUAUUCAUUUUGCCUUACGUGUUCUCAAUGGCAAUAAUGUACCGUACUGUGUAUAUUAAUCACAUCAAUGCAUAAUGGAGUAAUAAUAUUCUUUUCUAAGACUAUUAGAGGCAAAUAAUAUUGCUGUGUGUUUGUCAUCACAUUCGUGAUUAAGUAGCCUGCUAGCCUAUGAGGUCUGCGAGUGUCUCAGAACAUGUGCAGAUCCGUCAUAGUAUCUCAAUAACCGUGCAUUGGAAAUGUAUCUCAUGGUCUGUUGUUGAGUUCGUUUGGGCAGUCUCUAUCCGACUCUAUUCUGCAAAUGUCGUUGGUAGAUCAGCCAAAGAGCUAAUUUCAACAACGUCUGCCAUUGGAAGUGGAUUGUAGGACUCACACUAUUCCAAAUAUUCUCGCCGUUGUAAGAUGUCAACAUGUUUGAAUGUAUGGUGCCAAGAUUUUUGUCUCUCUUUUCUUUUUUCAGUUGAGCAACUGUGAUGGUCUCAGCCUUGGUUGCAUUUGUAAGACACAUUUCUUACACUGUUUAUGUUUAAGGUCAAAUGAUUGAAGUUAUAGUAUGUGUCCCAACUGUUAACACAGAACUAUAUUUUUGUACAGUUUUCUGAAUGCUUGACACCAUGCAGUAUGAGUAGCUACCUGGGUGUUCAUCUGAUGUUGGCCUGUUUUAUGAUGCACAUUUGAGUGAUCUGCAGUUAACAAGAUGCUUUUUUGAGAUGUAACUAUUUAAUGAUUGUUUCUAUAAACAUCACAUUGCUCACCA